AUGAAUCCCGACUUUUGGAUUAAAGGUGAGUAUCCGGGCGAACACACACUGAAGCCAAUGGAGGGGCUGCAUGAAGCGGGCCCACGUCCGUUUCUUACAAAGACUUUCGAGAUGGUCGAUGAUUUUCAGACAAAGCACAUUGUGAUUUGGAGCAGGGGAGGACAUAGCUUUGUUGUCUGGGAUUCUAAUGCCUUUGCCAGUAAAAUACUUCCCAUAUACUUCAAACACCACAAUUUCUCCAGCUUUGUUAGGCAGCUCAAUACCUAUUUUAGAAGUCAGCCUGAACUGACUUUUCAGUCUUUGCUCAGCCCGAGCAUUCCUACCUUGCCUCGAGCGCUAGGGACAAAGGAUGGGUGGAAUGAGGCUCGAUACCGAAGACAGAAUCCAUCCCUGAUGCUUAUGUCUGGCCGGGGAUUCAAAAAGAUCGACUCGGAUAAAUGGGAAUUCGCCAAUGAGCAUUUCGUCAAGGCACAUGAAGUUCUCCAUUUUCUCAACAGGCACAGGAGUGGUAAACAUUGUUUCAUGGCAUUAAAACUUGAUAUGGCCAAAGCAUUGGACAGGUUGAGCUCAGAAGCAGAAAGGGGAACUUUCAAAGACACUAGAAUUGCAAAGGAUGGGCCACAACUCACACAUCUGCUCUUUGCAGAUGAUCUUCUUAUUUUAUGUAAAGCAGAGAUGUCCCAGGCAAACAAAAUCCUUCACAUCCUGCAGGAUUAUUCACAUUUCACUUGCCAAAGGGUGAAUAUUGAGAAGUCCUCAAUAUAUUUCAGUAGAAAUACCACCCCAGAUGUCCAAGAUAGGUGUUGCCAGAUUCUUAAUGUCUUUACAAUGUCUUGUUUUCUGCUUCCUGUUGGAUUGUUCAAAGAAAUAUCUAGUGCUUGUGCAGGAUUCUGGUGGAGUAAGGGAGACAACACACAGAGAGGCAUACACUGGAAAGCAUGGGAUCAAAUGACACUUCCAAAACCCCAGGGUAGCCUUGGGUUCCAAGAUAUUCAAAUCUUCAAUGAAGCUCUUAUAGCAAAGCAAAUAUGGAGGCUACUGACACAACCCCAACUGUGGGUUAGUAGAAUUAUCAAAGCCAAAUAUUAUUCUGACUCUUCAAUAUUGGCUGCAGAAAGGAAAGUUAAUGCUUCAUGGCUUUGGAAUUCAUGGCUAAAAGUCAGAGACAAUUGUGCUAAAUGGAUGCAGUCUGUGAUCCAUAAUGGGAAAGAGGAGGAUUGCUCAUCAAUUAUGCAGUUGAAUACCUUCAAUCCAGAACAUGAUGAAUGGGUGUGGAAUCAAGAUAAGAAAGGGAAUAUUUCUAUAUCUAAUACAUAUGCUCUUCUCAUCAAGCAGAAAAUUCUCAAAAUGGAUCAGCCACAAAGUAGCACAUCAAUGCUGAAGGACCAGAAGGCCUGGACCAGGCUUUGGAAGCUAAAAGUGAAAGUAUGUGGAUUUGAUGAUGAAACAUUGGAACAUGCUCUUUUCAAUUGUCCAAAUGCACAGUUGGUAUGGAAUUUAGCUCCGGUUAAUUGGGAGGGACCAAAAGAGCAAGAUAGUUUUAAAGAUUGGUGGUGGCAAAUCUCAGAACUUAAUAAAAGUGAAACUUCUGAAGCCCGUAUCCAGCUCUCCACGUAUAUAUUAUGGUGGCUUUGGAAGUGUAGGAACCUUUCUGUUUUUGAAGGCUCAAAAAGGCCGGCUCCUCUGAUAGUUGAAGGCUCAAAAAGGCCGGCUCCUCUGAUAGUUGAAGGCACAGUAAAAGAAUGGACAGAAUACAUGGAGGCUAGUCGGCAGUCGUGCAUGGAAAGAAGAAGGCAGUAG